ACAGCCACUGGCGAUUGCGCUGGCAAGCAAGAUGGCCGCUGUUAUUGCAAGAAAGUUAGAUGCUUGUACUGUUUGUGGCAGUUUGUGGUUCGCUGAUAUUUAUUUACUGUUAUGGUGAAAAAAUACAGAAAUCUGAAAGAAUUAUAGUGAAACUUUUUUAAUAUUCACCUUAUUUUCCUUCCUUUACCAAUAAAAUGAAGCGAAUGAAAUAAUAGACGUGUUCCACCUAAAAAAUAUUCCUCUUAGAGGUCAGCCAGAAGAACCGGGUACACAAUGACGGAAAACGAAUCAGUAUACGGAACAUCAUUGUCCCAAGAGUCAAUGAAAGUGAUUGCCGAGAGCAUUGGUAUCGGAAAUUUACCAGACGAAGCUGCAAAAGAUCUCGCAGAGGAUGUGAGCUACAAACUAAAGGAAAUUAUACAGGAUGCAGCUAAAUUUAUGAGGCAUGGAAAGCGACAACGAUUGUCCACGCAGGACGUGGACCACGCGUUAAAAAUCAAAAAUAUAGAACCAACGUAUGGAUUCUUCGCCAAAGACCACCUUCCUUUUCGAUUUGCGUCUGGCGGUGGUCGUGAAUUACAUUUUGUAGAGGAAAAGGAAAUAGACCUUAAUGAUGUAUUGUCAACAUCUGGUGGGCAAAGCUGGCCCAAAUUACCUUUGGAAGUAACUCUCCGAUCUCACUGGCUUUGCAUCGACGGCGUGCAACCUACGAUACCGGAAAACCCACCGCCCGUUUCAAAAGAUAUCCAGAAAUUGGAAAGCGUCGAUCCUACAAGGAAACUCAACAAUACGACUCAAAAUAUGGGAGUUGGCAAGCCAGGUGGUGGAGGGAAAAGUCAAAAGCUACGAAAUGUGGAGACUGUUCACGUUAAACAAUUAGCAACUCACGAAUUAAGUGUGGAACAACAAUUAUAUUACAAAGAGAUUACGGAAGCUUGUGUUGGUGCCGAUGAAGGUCGUAGAGCUGAGGCAUUGCAAUCUCUUUCUGCUGACCCAGGCUUACACGAAAUGCUGGCUCGAAUGUGCACAUUUAUUGCGGAAGGAGUACGAGUGAACGUAGUACAAAAUAAUCUAGCUAUUCUUAUUUAUCUCAUGCGCAUGGUUAAGGCGCUACUUGACAAUCAAAGUCUUUAUUUAGAAAAAUACCUCCACGAACUCAUACCAUCUGUAGCGACAUGUAUAGUAACUAAGCAACUUUGUAUGAGACCAGAAAUGGAUAAUCACUGGGCACUUCGAGAUUUCGCUUCUCGCUUAAUGGCGCAAAUCUGUAAGAACUUUAAUACGUCCACAAAUAACGUUCAAACAAGAGUUACUCGUAUGUUCAGUCAAGCCUUAGCGAAAAGCAGCCAGGUGCGUGAAGAAACAAAAACUCCACUGGCUUCUUUGUAUGGUGCAAUUGAUGGUCUUUGUGAACUGGGACCUGAGGUUGUGAAAGCCUUGGUUAUACCAAAAAUCAAGACCAUAUCAGAGCGGAUUGAAUUAAGUACAGACGGUAUUGGGCUCUCAAGUGUAGAUAAAAAUGCUGCUGGUCAUAUAAAAACGUUAUUAGUGAAAUCAGUAGCUCCUGUUUUGAAAAUGAUUCGGUCGCCACCAGACUUUGUAGAAGAGUACAAACAAGAUUUUGGAUAUCUCGGACCAGCCUUAUGUGCUGCAGUUGCUAAAGCGCGAACGCAGCCAGCUGUUUUAGCAACUAAUGCGACAACAACAACAGCGACCUUGACCGCAAAUCAGCAGCAGGCGACAAUAAGCACUGGAAAAACUAUUGUGCAAACAGAUCAUAUUGCAGUCUCGAGUCCAAGUCCAGGACAGCCGCAAACGAGCCGUACAAUUAUGUUGAACCCAGGUCGAAGUGGUGGACCAGCGUCGACUGGAAAGUUUGUAAUCUUGCAAUCCCGAGCGCAAACGCCGACUUCUUCUGGAAUUGUUGCAAGUCCUGGACAGCAACAACAUGCGCAGCAGCAGCAACAACAACAACAGCCUCAACAAGUAAAAAUAACUCAAGGCAUUCCUGUUCAGCAAAAGCCACACUUGCAUAGCUCAGCUCCCAAGUUGGUUGUGGUUUGCAUGCCUAAUAGCAGUCAUAGCGUCACAUCGACCGUAACGCAGGCGGCCUUGACGCCCAAGUCGCAAGUUUUUGUUACACAACAAGAUGUUGAACAAACGCACAAUCCAUUGGAUGAUCAUUCAUUUCAAUGAGAGUGAUUAAGUUUAUUUUCUCACCCAUUGCUGUUUUUAUUUAUUUUCUGCAUUUACCUCAUUGUCGGAGGAAUUGAAACAUUUGUUGUACAAAAUUAUUUUUGUAGAUUAUCACAUUGACUCUAACAAUAAUACGAGUGAAAAUCUUCGUUGAUGAUUCAAACGUCGAUAUUUUAAAAUACUUUAAUUUUAUAUACUUGAGAGCUCUAAGAGUGUCAUCAACAUAUAUUUUUGUGACUUUUCCUUGUAAAUAUUAAAUUAAGUAUAUUCUUACUUUGUUAUUUUGAAUAAGAAAGUCUAAUUUUAUUAUAAUAAAGUAUAGAAGACAGAUUUUUAAUAAGGAACCGUGAAAAUAUUUAU